AUGAAAUAUGUUCGUCGUAUGAGUGGAAAUAUUCCUAUUCAUUAUACAACGAAUGUCUGGUCGAUCGGUGUUACUUUAUGUAUAUUAUUAUCAGGUCUUUCACCAUUUCUUGAUGAACAAACAUAUGCAAAUAUCAUAAAUAUUGAUUUUGAUUUUCAUGAAAGUCAAUUUUCUUAUGCAUUUCAAUCAGUAAAAAAACUAAUUCAAACAAUUUUUGUUCGCGAACCAAAUACUAUGUUUCAUGUUAUUAUUGCUAAUUAUGUUCAAUCACAAACAGAAUUUAUUUUACCACCAUUACCUUAUGAGUAUAAUGCACUUGAACCACUUCUAUCGGAACAUUUAAUGCAAUUACAUCAUGAUAAAUAUCAACAAACGCUAAUGCUGCACUUAAAUCUCAAUUUGUUGAUGAAACAUCUAAUGAUCGAUUAA